AUGGAUUUCACAGGAGCAAUAAACGUUGUGCACAACAGAAUCCAAGAACUUGAACCUGAAAAUGUUUCGAAAAUCAUCGGCUAUCUCUUGUUGAUGCAAGACCACAGCGACCGAGACAUGAUCCGUCUCGCCUUCUGUCCAGAUUCCGUGAUGCGUUCCAUGAUCAACUUCGUCAAAUACGAACUAGCUAAAGAUCCUCGUUACAACAGCCCUCCUUCGGAUCAUCUUAACCAUAGUUUGAGAUCAUUCACGGCGGCUUCGCCAACUCAGCUUCUAUCGGUUUCAGUUUCACCACCUCAAAAUCUCUCCAUGAGAACCGGUUUCUGGGAGAAUGCAACGGAGAUGGACUCAAUGCACAACAAUGCUCAGUUCUUGAAUUAUGAAGAUUCCAUGACGACCAGCCCUAAUGACUUCUUCUCUCGAGAACAUCAAUGUUUUCCUUUGAGAACGAGCAGGAGAUCGCCGAGUUUACCAGACUUUCCAGUCAAGAUAUGCAACUACUUCAACAAAGGCUUCUGCAAACAUGGCAACAACUGUAGGUACUUCCACGGACAGAUCAUACCGGAGAGAGAGAUGUUUAAUCCAAACAAUAGCUUAAGUGAUGAAGAGCAUGUUGUUUCCCCCGGAUCACUUGAGAAGCUAGAAGGAGAGAUCAUAGAGCUGCUCAAAUCAAGAAGAGGUGCUCCGAUUUCCAUAGCUUCAUUGCCAAUGAUGUACUUAGAGAAAUAUGGUAGGACACUUCAAGCUGAAGGCUAUCUCACCGAGUCACAAAGACACGGCAAAGCUGGCUAUAGCCUCACCAAGCUUCUUGCUCGUCUCAAGAACACUAUCCGCCUCAUCGACAGGCCUCAUGGACAGCAUUCAGUUAUAUUAGCAGAAGAUGUGUCAAAGUUUAUGGAAUACAUGGGAGAGAGAAACGAACAUGGAGCGAUCCUUGCUGGUUCAAGGCAGAUUUACUUGACAUUUCCGGCUGAGAGUAGUUUCACUGAACAUGACGUGUCAAACUACUUCUCCAAAUUUGGACACGUGGAAGAUGUGAGGAUUCCUUGUCAGCAGAAGAGAAUGUUCGGGUUUGUGACUUUUGUUUACACGGAGACCGUCAAACACAUUCUUGCUAAAGGCAGUCCUCAUUUCAUCUGCGGUGCUCGUGUUCUUGUCAAGCCUUACCGGGAAAAAUCACGGUCUAAUCGUUACUUUGACAGUAACAAGCCUCUCCACGGAAUGCGAUAUGGCUCUCAAUACAUUGACAGAGACAUAGAGAUGAACACAUUGCCACCGCGGGUUAGUGAGAGGUCAAGACUAAUGAUGAAUCAGUUUCUUGAAGAACAUGAGCAUUCGGUUUCUAAGUCUUUACCUACUAAUUACUCCUAUCUCGGCGACGCCGAUGACUCCAAGCUAACAUCAGAUGCGGAGCAAGAGGAACAAGCUGGACGGUUGAGCUAUCUGCUUGACUAUUUGAACACGGAAGAUAAUGUCAUGAACAUAGCCACUAACUACAAUGACAAUGAUAGGAGAAUGAUGCAUUGUGAACCUUUGGACAGUCAAGUCUUGAAUCUACCUGAGAGUCCGUUUUCAUCCCUUUCCGGGAAGGAGAUUUCGACAGUUACAUAG